ACUAUGCUCGCGGACAAAUUGAGAGAAACGGACUGGGAAGUAACGCAGGACUCUAUAGAGGAGCAAGUGGCCAGAGAGUCGUACUUGCACUGGCUGAGAGAACAAGAGAAAUCUACGAAACGCUCUAAAGCGAGAACGGCCAGUGCCACGUGCAGCUCUGCAGGAGAAGGAAGUCACGUCAACCCUCUGGAGGCGGGGCCCGUCAGGUCACCACGACAGCUGCGAAGCGGCAACAGCAGCCCUCUGCAUCCUGAUGACCACUUUGUCUCAUUACCGG